GUUUCAGCCGUGCACAAGCUGCUUUCACAAGCGACCACCAAGUUUUCAGACGCUUUCUCUUGCACUGCUGCAGUGGUCAGCACCUACUUCACUUUGGCAAGAUUUCUGGUUCUGCAGGGCCGGUUACGGAGGGCGCUUGCCUUCCUUCACCUUGGCUUCAUUUUUGUUCGAGACCGUGGCUUCAGCGAAUGCUCAACUUGGCCCGCUGCUGGUUGGGAUGUCAUGCUGGCCGGCAGGUCGUUGACUGAGAGAGUCCGCCUGCUAGAUGACGAGUCUGUUCUCAAGCUGGAGCCUGCCCACCGAGUCGAAGGUCUUCGCAUCGCCGUUGUCACUAUCUGUGCAUAUGCAGCAGAUGCCCCUGUGCGUGUUCUGUGCGAGCAAAACCGCCAAAUCUACAAGGCGCUGCACGGCUAUGACCUCUAUUUUGUCACGGACGCCGCGCAGAUUCUGCCGAACAAGGCGGCCCGCAUGAAUGUGAAAGACGGAAUUCACAAACCCUUCUUCUGGAAAGUGAAUGCUGUGAAGAAUAUCCUUGACACGAACAAGUAUGACUGGGUACUUUGGAUGGACUGCGAUGCAUUUUUCAUGGAUCCAGGCCGCACCAUCGAUUCCGUGAUAACCAUGUACAGUGGCAACUUAACCUCGGCCUCGCGGCUCCCUCCUCCCAGCUGCCUGGCUUUCUCAGCUUUGAACUUUAACGGGAUCAGUGUUGAUGGAUAUUUGUUCAGUUCCCUCGAGGUGUCUUUCUUGUAG